AUGCGACCGAUCUAUGAUAUCGGCCCAUUUCGAUCAAGCGUCAAGAACAAGGACACUCAGCUGAAUGUUUAUGUCUCCGACAAGCACUUCAAAAUCGAUGUCUUCGAAGACGAGCUCAGAAGCUCCCCAGCCAUCCUGAAAGAGUAUCUCAGACAAGUCAGUCGCCAGGAACCAGAUUUCAUUCCCGAAGCAGACGAGGAUGGCUUCUACGAGGAUACUCUUGAUGAGAUGCACGAUUGGAUCCUUCGACCGUUUAUGCCAAUUUUCCGCAGCCUCCCUCCAUUGGACACGAGCCAGCGGUAUACGCUUCAGGACUGUCUGUUUGCAGAAGAACUGCACUACAGGGUCAAAGCGGAGGAGAACGAGCUGGUGCCAGUCUUUCUUGAGGAAUCCGACGGGAAAGAAAACCACCUGGUCGGUGCCCAGCUACCCCCGUCUAACAUCGACUACUCAAUGUUCCCUUUUUAUUCGCCGCGCGACAUCCACGUCGCAAUCGACGAAAAAGCAACUUCAUUGACGGCCGUACCUCGCCAGGUCUUUCUGCCAGGGCGAGCAGAACCUUGCUUCUUCAAAAUAGUGUAUGCUGGCGACGUGGGGAUAACGCUCCGAGAGCUUCGGACUUAUUCAAAAAUUCGUGCUAUCGAGGCUGGUAACCCCAUUCGCACACCCCAACUGCACGGGAUUGUCCAGGAUGAUAGGGGCAGUAUCAUGGGUCUACUCCUGUCCUACAUUGACAGUGGUGGAUCGGCUCUCAGCUGCAUUGAUGUAUCUGAUCCUCAAUACUCUGGACUCCCGCAGAAAUGGUUCGACCAGAUUUCUCGGACGCUUGAAGUUCUCCAUGCUCAUGGUAUCGUUUGGGGAGACGCAAAAGCCGAUAAUGUGCUCAUUGAUCUCAAUGAGAACGCGUAUCUGAUUGAUUUUGGGGGAGGUUAUACGGAAGGAUGGGUGGAUAAAGGGAAAUCUGACUCGAUUGAGGGUGAUCUCCAAGGACUGCAGCAUAUUAAGGAAUUCCUCUUCCCCUGA